UUUCAAGAUCGAUGAAGUGAAGACCUAGAGGACAAAAAUUCCCGAAAAGGACCUUCGAGUGUGAUAUUUUACUCUCACGAGAUCAGCCAAAUGGAUAGAGUAUACGCUAUGCGUAGAUCGUUUGUGGCAAGACUGUUACGACUUCUAAAGUUCACUAAUUCUGCAACAUCGUCAAAUUAUUCAAGAUACUGCAGACCGUGGUUGCUGCGUCAGUCUCCAUCCUUCCAGGUGUCAAAGUUUCCUAAAACUUCAAUUGCUGGCAGUGACAACCCAUCAGCAGAAGUUCAAACCCACUUCGGGCACCAUGUGGCAUUUAGAAGGAGGCCUGAGAAGACACGUCAUAUUAAACAAUAUAGGAAGUUACGAGAGGAAUUCAAGGCAUUGUCAGUGCUGCUUGUUCGUCCAAAUAUUUUGAGCUCUAAGGAUGUUAACAGGAUACUGUAUCCAGACUAUGCUCGCGGGUACAGUACGGGACCACAACAGAAUCAACCUGAUGAUGAAGACAAAGAAAAGGAAGAUAAAGACAAAGAAGAUGAGGAGCGGCUACCUCUACUACCCAGACUUCUCUUCUGGUUUUGGCUGCUGUUUGCACUUUAUACCGCCCUCCGACUCCUGCAGGGAGAAGAUACAGCCAUGUAUCGCUUUAUCUCCUGGAAUGAGUUCUACCAUGAUAUGUUGGCCAAGGGGGAGGUAGAUGAGAUAAUAGUGCGCCCUGAGAUGGAAAUGGCUAUGAUAAAUCUCUACCCAGGAGCUGUCAUUAAGGGAAAAAAGGUGGACGUGACAUCUUAUUCCAUGAAGAUUCCUGACCCGUAUAAGUUUGAGGAGAGGGUGCGCAAGGCCGAGGCUGAGCUGGGCAUCCGGCCUGAGCAGGGGGUGUCCGUGUCUUACCAGAGGGAGAGUUCCUGGGCUCCGCUUGUUUUCCUUGGCCUCAUCGGUCUGGCUACAUUUCUCUUACUGAGAACCCUUACCAAAUCAAUGACAUUUCCCAAUCCUACAGAAAUGUUUGCUAAUGAGAGAAAGGCAAAGUUCACGAGGGUCGAUGUGCUGACACAGCAGGGGAAGGGAGUCAGCUUCAAGGAUGUGGCUGGUCUACAGGAGGCCAAACAGGAGAUCAUGGAGUUUGUGGAUUACCUCAAGCAACCACAGCGUUUCAAGGAGAUAGGAGCCAAGCUGCCCCAUGGUGCCCUUUUGCUUGGACCCCCAGGCUGUGGUAAGACACUUCUGGCACGUGCAGUAGCCUCUGAAGCAAAGGUGCCCUUCUUGGCUAUGGCGGGAUCUGAAUUUGUGGAGAUGUUAGGAGGCUUGGGAGCAGCCAGGGUCAGGGAUCUAUUCAAAGAAGCCAGAAAGCGAGCUCCAUGUAUAGUGUAUAUUGACGAGAUCGAUGCCAUUGGUCGAAAAAGAAGUGGAAGUACGUUUGGAGCAUCUGCUGAGGAGGAGCACACCCUGAACCAGAUGUUAGUGGAGAUGGAUGGCAUGGGAACGUCUGACGGGGUCAUACUGCUGGCCGCUACCAACAGGGCAGACAUUCUAGACAAGGCCUUACUGCGCCCGGGAAGAUUUGACCGUCAUAUCACCAUAGAUCUGCCGACACUGGCAGAGAGAAAGGAGAUCUUUGAGAUGUACCUGUCCAGGUUAAAGCUCUCCCAACCGGCUUCCACCUACUCCCUGAAGCUCGCCCAGAUGACACCUGGCAUGAGCGGCGCUGACAUUGCUAACAUCUGUAAUGAGGCCGCCAUCUUUGCCGCUCGUGAUAAGAAGAAAGUGAUUGAGGCCGAAGACUUUGAUCAUGCCACAGAGAGAGUGAUUGCAGGUGUGGCCAAAAAGACACGGCUGUUGUCUCCUCAGGAGAAGAAAGUGGUAGCUUAUCACGAAUCUGGACACGCUCUGGUGGGCUGGUUGUUGAAACACACAGAUGCUCUUCUAAAGAUUUCGAUAGUCCCUCGCACUAACAGUGCAUUAGGCUUUGCUCAGUACAUGCCAGCAGACCAGAAACUGUACAACACUGAGGAGUUGUUUGAGAGAAUGUGUAUGGCCCUAGGAGGUAGAGCUGCAGAGGCCAUAGUGUUCAACCAUAUCACCACAGGUGCACAGGAUGAUCUGAAGAAGGUCACCCAGAUGGCUUACGAUCAGAUUCGAUCUUAUGGUAUGAAUGAGAGAAUAGGUUGUCUGUCCUUUCCAAGUGAGGCUGACUCUAAUGUGGGAACAAAGCCUUACAGUAAGAGCCUAGCUGCUGUCAUUGAUGAGGAGGCGAAUCGCUUAGUGACCAAAGCUUAUCGCCACACAGAGCAAGUGUUAGCCCAACACAAGGACAAACUGAACAUGCUUGCCAUGAAGCUUCUUGAGAGAGAGACAUUGACAUAUGAUGACGUCAAGGCUCUGAUCGGUCCUCCACCACAUGGGGAGAAGCAUACGAUUGUGCCCGCUGGGUGGUUAGGUGAACCCCUGGAGGACAACAACAACAUCGACAACGAUGCGACGAUGACCCGUAGUCAGCGGAGAAGACGGAAUCGGGAGGAGCUGCCAGAUUGAUCAUUACACAUGCUAACACAAAGACGAUUAUGGAUGUGCAUGGACAGAUUAACAGUUCUUCCUUUAUAAUUAUGCUAGUUAGGAAUAAAGCAUUGCUUUUAUGAUGUGUAUGAGUUGCCUCUGGUUUGUACAAUUCCAAUUCCCAAAAAGGUAGCCAUGGAUAUUUUCCCACAAAUUGAUCUUCAUCUUUUCAUUAGCCUGUGCAUUGUUUUGUCAUCCAUCCAUCAAUUUAUUGGGGAGUGGGUCGAGGGCUAAGAGAUGCAGAUGCUGGACUUUCAGAUGAGGUGUUAGUUUUAUCCCAGCCUCAGACAAGGAAUCGCCUGUAUUACCCAGGCUGUUUUCACCGUUGUCGAAACCUUGAUGUCAGUGAGCGAUCGUUAGGGGAUCAUACAGGACCUUCAUUGUAGAUCAGUUGAAAUCCAUAUCUGUGACAUGUGCGUGUAUACUCCAUGUUGGAAAGUUUGUCAAGUACUUGUCCAAGGCCGGUGGUUUACUCCAGGUACUCCAGUUUGCUCUCUAUGAACCCAUGAAAUGUACUGCUGGUGUACAGGAGACAAUUUCUUGAAUAUAUCAUUAAAUGCCAAUCAAAUAAUUACAAGAAAUAAUUAAUGAUUGUUUUCUGUAUGAUUUGCAUCCAGGAAUUCCAUUGUUACGUGUAAACAGUGCUCACUUGUUUUUUUUUAUUACUGUACAUGUACUGCCUUGAUAUGAAGUGAUCAAGAUCAAACAUUUUGAUAUGAACAAAAGACGGAUCUUGUCCAAGGCAUUUGCAUACUUCUUGGCUAGUGACUGAGUAUGUUGUGUGGCUUAAAAUGUCAGUCAGUUUAUGACUUCUGUUGCAGAAUUUUUGGAUACACCUAUUUCUCUUUUGCCUGCACUAUUUCUCUUUUGCUUGCACUAUUUCUCUUUUGCUUGCACUAUUUCUCUUUUGCUUGCACUAUUUCUCCUUCUCUUUUUUGGACAGUUGAAAGAAGGCAUUUCCUAUAUAAAUUUAAGCUGAUUGCAGAUUCUGGAUUUACUCUUUUACGACCUUUUUGUACAGCAAUAUGAAGAUGAUACCUUUGAAAAUA